AGCACGGAAGCGGAAGGGCGGGUCUUAAUGUCAGCUGGACGUACGGGAGUCGGACGAGUUUCCACUACGCGUCGAAGUGCCUGGUGUGUGGAUUUGAAUUAUUGAGUCAAAAUGUCUUCAAACAACAUGAACGAUCCUCGCCGACAGAACAAAAUCUUCAGGUACAAGCCCCCAACAACAGAAAAUAACCCCACUCUGGAAGACCCAACCCCUGACUACAUGAAUUUACUUGGGAUGAUUUUCAGCAUGUGUGGACUCAUGUUGAAGCUUAAGUGGUGUGCCUGGAUAGCAGUCUACUGUUCUUUCAUCAGCUUUGCCAACUCCAGAAGCUCUGAGGACACCAAGCAGAUGAUGAGUAGUUUCAUGUUAUCCAUCUCUGCAGUUGUCAUGUCUUACUUGCAGAACCCUCAGCCUAUGUCUCCCCCGUGGUAGCUGGACUGUCUGGCCAUGUUGGGCCAAGGAGACGGAGACCCAGCUUUCCCCGUUUCACAGUGGAGCUUUUGUUGGCCCAUAGAGCAG